UUGGUGACGCUGCAUCUCUUUGUUGGCUUAGCAGCGGCGACGUUUUGUUGUUAUUUUCGCCGCAGCUGAAAAACAGGCUCGGAUAAUUUUGGUUUUCGCAAGCAACAUCUCACACUUUAGACCUUUAGGUUUGCUUGUCACAGACAGGUAACCGCCCUAGGAAUGGACUCAGACGAGGGUUAUAACUAUGAAUACGACGACGAAGACGAAUGUAGCGAGGACAGCGGCGAAGAGGAGCCCGAGGACGACACCCUGGACAUCGGAGAUGUGGAAUUGGUCGAUCCCGUGGUGGCCGGUGGAGAGCGAGACGAGAGCGGCGAGACUGGUGUAGGUGGCCAUGGGCCUGGCGAGGAAGAGGAAGAGGACUAUCGCUUUGAAGUUUUGACUGCGGAACAGAUCCUCCAGCAUAUGGUGGAGUGUAUUAGGGAGGUCAACGAGGUCAUCCAGAAUCCUGCAACAAUAACACGCAUCCUUCUCAGCCAUUUCAAUUGGGACAAAGAAAAGCUUAUGGAAAGAUAUUUUGAUGGUAAUCUGGACAAGCUUUUUUCUGAGUGUCAUGUCAUCAAUCCAAGUAAGAAGCCUCGAACCCGUCCUCCAAUCAACACUAGAUCAUCUGCACAGGAUAUGCCAUGUCAGAUCUGCUACCUAAAUUUCCCCAACUCAUUCUUUACAGGCCUGGAGUGUGGACACAAAUUUUGCAUGCAGUGUUGGGGAGAUUACUUGACCACCAAAAUCAUAGAGGAAGGAAUGGGCCAGACCAUUUCUUGUCCUGCCCAUAGUUGUGACAUUUUGGUUGAUGACAACACAGUCAUGCGCCUCAUCACAGACUCAAAAGUGAAGUUAAAGUACCAGCAUUUAAUAACGAAUAGUUUUGUAGAGUGCAAUCGACUAUUAAAGUGGUGUCCUGCACCAGACUGCCAUCAUGUUGUGAAAGUCCAGUACCCAGACGCCAAGCCAGUGAGGUGCAAGUGUGGCCGUCAGUUCUGCUUCAACUGUGGAGAGAAUUGGCACGAUCCUGUGAAGUGUAAGUGGCUGAGAAAAUGGAUUAAAAAAUGUGAUGAUGACAGUGAAACUUCCAACUGGAUUGCAGCAAAUACCAAGGAGUGUCCAAAAUGCCAUGUGACCAUUGAGAAAGAUGGUGGCUGCAAUCACAUGGUUUGUAGGAACCAGAACUGCAAAGCUGAGUUCUGUUGGGUCUGUCUGGGACCAUGGGAACCUCAUGGCUCUGCCUGGUACAACUGCAAUCGUUACAAUGAGGAUGAUGCCAAGGCAGCCAGAGAUGCUCAAGAGCGCUCCAGGGCAGCCUUGCAGAGGUACCUGUUCUACUGCAACCGCUACAUGAACCACAUGCAGAGUCUGCGCUUUGAGCACAAGCUCUAUGCUCAGGUUAAGCAAAAGAUGGAGGAGAUGCAGCAGCACAACAUGUCCUGGAUUGAGGUUCAGUUUCUAAAGAAGGCUGUAGAUGUGCUGUGCCAGUGCCGCUCCACGCUCAUGUUCACUUACGUCUUUGCCUUCUACCUCAAGAAGAACAACCAGUCCAUUAUUUUUGAGAACAACCAGGCAGACUUGGAAAAUGCCACCGAGGUGCUGUCUGGUUACCUAGAGCGGGACAUCUCCCAGGAUUCCUUGCAGGACAUCAAGCAGAAAGUGCAAGAUAAGUACAGAUACUGUGAGAGCAGGCGAAGAGUGCUGCUACAGCACGUGCAUGAAGGCUAUGAGAAGGACCUGUGGGAGUACAUUGAGGAUUGAGGACACGUCCCAAUGCAACGGACUAUUGAGUAUCUUGACAAACUAGAGCGCUGAUGCAAUUUAACAGGGCAGCACGGGCCUUCUGCCGCCUUUCCUUUGGCAAACCAACCACUUUUGCAUCAUUUUUUCCUGGAUUUGUUUAACAAAAAAUCUUCAAAGUAAAUUAUAUUUAAAUAAAAUGUAGAGUAAUAAAAAAGAAAGUGUACUACAGUAUUGUUAGCAACAGAGUGGAGUCUUGAGAAAGCAGAAAAAUUCAUCUUAAACAAGUACAUCCUUUUGGCCUGUAUUGUAAUCCUCCCCUAAACUAUCUUUUCUUCAGUUUUUUUUUUUUUUGUUUUGUUUUGUUUUUUUUUUUUU